AUGUCUUCAAAUGCCACGGACACUGAAGCCAUCAAUAACACGAGCUUCAUCCUCUACACAGUGACUGUCGUGCUCGGCAUCACAGGGAAUGCCAUGGUGAUCUGGGUGGCUGGAUUCAAACUUAAGCCGACAGUCACCAAUGUGUGGUUAGUGAAUUUGGCGAUAGCAGACCUGAUCUUCUGCUUCACACGAAUCUUCUCCCUUACUCAAAUGAAGUUAUCUUGUUGGCUUUUUGGCCCCUUUCUCUGCCAGUUCCACGGUUUCUUUAAGCAAACCAACAUGUUCUGCUCAGUCUUUGUGCUGGCUGUCAUCAGUCUGGAUCGAGUGCUCUGCGUCACGCAGCCCGUCCUCACAAAACACCGACGCACGCUGUGGGCAGCGAGGGUGGUGGCGGUCUGCAUCUGGAUCACAGCAAUCCUCUUCAGCAUUCCCUACUUCAUCUACCGCCAAACCUACCUGGACAACAACCUGACUAAGUGUGCAAUGGUUUGGGUGGAGAAGCCAGUGGAGUACAAAAGCCCCAAAGUUGUUCUCUACUCCUUCAACUUCGUGUGCGGCUUCAUAAUUCCCUUCACGGUCAUUCUGGUCUGUUACAUCUUGGUUGGCGUGGGCCUCCGACGUACCCGCCUGUUGCGGAAGUCCCGCCUCCUGCGUAUUGUAGCAUGUUUGGUCAUUGCCUUCUUCCUGUGCUGGGCACCUUACCACUGCCUCCAACUGGUAGACAUGGUGGACAAUGAAAACAAAGUGGUGAAAAUCUGGUACCCUGUAACAAAGGCCGUUGCCUAUUUUAACAGCUGUGUGAACCCACUGUUGUACUUCUGCAUGGGGCUAGAAGUGAAGGAGGGGUUUAGACAGAAACUCAUGAGAGUUUAUAAAAGAGCUCUGGCAGAUGAUAUGGAUAGCCAGAUGACUCAAUCCACUGACCGGGCUUUGGAUUAA